AGCUAGUAGCUCACUGUCUUUUCACUUCCUUUUUCUUGCUAAACUAUUAUUAUCAUUUAUCUUAAGAAGAUUCUUAAUUAGUGUAGCUUUAUGUCGAUCGCCUUCGAUCAAAGAGCGAGCUCAAAUACCAUGGCCUCCAUCGAUGGACAUGGACGACUCCAAUAUGUAUAUAAUGUAUCCGGUCCAUUGCCACCAUCGCCAUGAACGAGUGCAAUCCACUCGUGUCAUCCACUCACUCUCGUUGCUCUUCUUAAGAGGACGAAGACGACGACGUCGAACACGAAGACAUCAUGAUGGCAUGGAGGAGCUUGUCGCUGGUGGCGUUCAUGGCGGCGGUGGCGGCGGCGGCCGCGGCGGCGGGCGAUGACCGGAGGCCGUACGUGGUGCGGAUGGACGUGUCGGCGAUGCCGGCGCCGUUCGCGACGCACGACGGGUGGUACCGGUCGGUGCUCUCGUCGGCGUCGGCGAGGGACGCGGCGGCGGCGCCGGCGGCGGAGCACCUGUACACGUACUCGCACGCCAUGAACGGGUUCAGCGCGGUGCUGACGGCGAGGCAGGUGGAGGAGAUCCGCCGGGCGGACGGGCACGUCGCCGUGUUCCCGGAGACGUACGCGCGGCUGCACACCACGCGCACGCCGGCGUUCCUCGGGCUCAGCGCCGGCGCCGGCGCGUGGCCGGCGUCCAGGUACGGCGCCGACGUGGUCGUCGGGAUCGUGGACACCGGCGUGUGGCCCGAGAGCGCCAGCUUCAGCGACGCCGGCGUGGCGGCGCCGGUGCCGGCGAGGUGGAAGGGCGCGUGCGAGGCCGGCGCGUCGUUCCGGCCGUCCAUGUGCAACCGGAAGCUCGUCGGCGCGAGGUCGUUCAGCAAGGGGCUGAGGCAGCGCGGCCUCAACAUCUCCGACGACGACUACGACUCGCCGCGGGACUACUACGGCCACGGCUCGCACACGUCGUCGACGGCGGCGGGCGCCGCCGUCCCCGGGGCGAGCUACUUCGGCUACGCCAACGGCACGGCCACGGGCGUCGCGCCCAUGGCGAGGGUGGCCAUGUACAAGGCCGUGUUCUCCGCCGACACGCUGGAGUCCGCGUCCACCGACGUGCUCGCCGCCAUGGACCAGGCCAUCGCCGACGGCGUCGACGUCAUGUCGCUCUCGCUGGGCUUCCCGGAGUCCCCCUACGACACCAACGUCGUCGCCAUCGGCGCCUUCGCCGCCGUGCGGAGGGGCAUCCUCGUGACGUGCUCCGCCGGCAACGACGGCUCCGACAGCUACACCGUCCUCAACGGCGCGCCGUGGAUCACCACCGUCGGCGCGUCGACCAUCGACAGGGCGUUCACCGCCACCGUGACGCUCGGCGCCGGCGCCGGCGGCGCGAGGAGCAUCGUCGGCAGGUCGGUGUACCCGGGGCGCGUGCCGGCCGGCGCCGCCGCGCUCUACUACGGCCGCGGCAACCGGACCAAGGAGCGGUGCGAGUCCGGCAGCCUCAGCCGCAAGGACGUCCGCGGCAAGUACGUCUUCUGCAACGCCGGCGAGGGCGGCAUCCACGAGCAGAUGUACGAGGUGCAGAGCAACGGCGGCCGCGGCGUGAUCGCGGCGAGCAACAUGAAGGAGAUCAUGGACCCGUCGGACUACGUCACGCCGGUGGUGCUGGUCACGCCCUCCGACGGCGCCGCCAUCCAGAGGUACGCGACGGCGGCGGCGGCGCCCAGGGCGAGCGUGCGGUUCGCCGGGACGGAGCUCGGCGUCAAGCCGGCGCCCGCCGUCGCCUACUUCUCGUCGCGCGGGCCGAGCCCGGUGAGCCCGGCGAUCCUCAAGCCGGACGUGGUGGCGCCCGGCGUGGACAUCCUCGCGGCGUGGGUGCCCAACAAGGAGGUGAUGGAGCUCGACGGCGGGGAGACGAAGCUGUACACCAACUACAUGCUCGUCUCCGGCACGUCCAUGGCGUCGCCGCACGUCGCCGGCGUGGCGGCGCUGCUCCGGUCGGCGCACCCGGACUGGAGCCCGGCCGCCGUCCGGUCGGCCAUGAUGACGACGGCCUACGUGAAGGACAACGCCGACGACGCCGACCUCGUCAGCAUGCCCGGAGGCUCGCCGGGGACGCCGCUGGACUACGGCAGCGGCCAUGUCAGCCCCAACCAGGCCACCGACCCCGGCCUCGUCUACGACAUCACCGCCGACGACUACGUCGCCUUCCUCUGCGGCGAGCUCCGCUACACCAGCCGCCAGGUCGCCGCCAUCGCCGGACACCGCGCCGGCUGCCCCGCCGGCGCCGGAGCAGCAAGCCACCGCGACCUCAACUAUCCGUCGUUCAUGGUCAUCCUCAACAAAACCAACUCGGCCACACGGACGUUCACCAGGACGCUGACCAACGUCGCCGGCUCGCCGGCGAAGUACGCCGUGUCGGUGACGGCGCCGGCGGGGAUGGCGGUGAAGGUGACGCCGGCGACGCUGUCCUUCGCCGGCAAGGGCAGCACGCAGGGGUUCAGUGUGACGGUGCAGGUCAGCCAGGUGAAGAGAUCAAGAGAUGGUGACAAUUACAUUGGCAACUAUGGGUUCUUGAGCUGGAAUGAGGUCGGAGGCCAGCAUGUUGUCAGGAGCCCUAUAGUGUCAGCAUUUGCCCAAUGAGAAGAACAGAUGUUAGCAUAGCAGGAUCAAAAAUAAGAGCAUGGAAAUAGAAAAUGACACUAAAACAAAGUAUACUACAUACAACUAAUAAUCAUGAUCAGGAAUAUAAAGAGUACAUAUAAUGGAAAGAGAGAAAUAAUUCUCACCAGGAUACUGAUAUUGCACGUGUAUUUUUGUACUCUCUGCUUCUGAAUUCUAGUUUUGUUACUGUUCUUCUCAA